AUGCCCGGUGAAUGGUGGGUAAAAAAUUUUAUUGAGCGCUAUCGCAACAAACUAAAUCUGAUAGCUGUACAGAACAUCAAAAGGGCUAGAGCAGAAAAAACACUGUCAGAAUUUCAGCAGUUUUUCAAUAAUAUUGAGUCUGUAUUGGAAAACGUGCCUCCAACACACAUUGUGAAUUAUGAUGAAAUAAAUUUCAGCGACGACCCCGGCUCUGCUAAAUGUAUUUUCCGUCGUGGUACUAAGUAUCCGGAACGUGUAAUGAACAGUUCUAAAGGCUGUAUAUCAGUAAUUUUUGCAGCUACAGCCAACGGAUCUGUGAUGCCUCCAUACGUUGUUUAUAAGGCAGAGACCAUGUGGCGUCAAUGGGUCGAAGGAGGACCUGAAAAUGCGCGGUUUAAUUGA